UCAGAGAAAAAUUUAUUGGCCUAACACAUGCCUAAAAUAAACAAAAUAUCUCCAAAAUUGCCAUAGAUAUAGCUAGUUGAAAGACUAGAUAUAGGCACGUCAGGAGAUAUAAAACUUCUGUCAGCGAUCAGGCCAACUGCUAUGCACAUUAUCGCCACUUGCGUCCUGGCACAUGUCACUCCAAACGCUGUUCUUGACGUCAUAUACCUACCUCCAGCUGUCCCGCUAUGGGACAUGGCCUCGCGCGCUGACAGAGACACUUGUGUUUUCGGCGACACGCCGCUGCAUCGUCGACCGGCACACGUCCAGGGAGCUGACGGGUGUCUUUGAGGCUCCGUCUCCGGACAGCGCGAUGGACAGUCGGCACGGGACGGCGGACAGCCCGUCAGAGUCCUGCUGUCGCCGAGGGGGCCGGGGCACAUCUGUGCCCGUCGGCGGUGUAGGAUAUAAGGCGGUCCGUCUCGGAGGGUCGGCAUCAACUCACCAUGAACCGUCUGCUGAUCAUCUCUUGCCUCGCCCUGGGCGUCGCCGUGGCCGAGCCCGGCCAGCCGCGGCAGGCGGUGCCUUACGGCGCUGAGGUCGAUCCGGUGCCGUACGAAGAGGUGGUGCCGCUGACUCUGCAGCCGAGCCGCGCUGUACAGGUCCUCAACGCCGGGAACUACCGCUUCACCACGCCCAACUUCCCCAACCAGUACCCGAACAACCUGUGGGUGGCUGUCACCGUGCAGGGUGCCGAGGGCCAGGCCGUCAGCAUCAGCUGCUCUCCCUUCAGUCUGGAGGCGUCCUUCUUCUGCUGGCGUGACUUCCUCUCCAUCAACAACGUGCGCUACUGCGGCUCUAACGACGUGCCUACCAUCACCGCGGCGCAGCUCGCCAUCGAGCUCAAGACCGACUCGUUCGGCACGUCCAGCGGCUUCCAGUGCACCCUCACCGUGCCCCAGGUGGGUGGAACCACCACCCAGGCCCCGGGCACCACCCAGGCUCCGGGCACCACCCAGGCUCCUUCGACCGGCGGCUGCCGCUGCGGACAGCGCCAGACCGGCCGCGUGGUCGGCGGCACCGAGGCGGCCAUCGGCGCCUUCCCGUGGCAGGCCGGCCUCGUCAGCCCCGGCGGCACCCGCACCUUCUGCGGCGGCAGUAUCAUCAACAACCGCUACGUGCUGACGGCGGCCCACUGCACGGCCGGCCAGACGGCCAGCGGCAUCCAGGUCCUGCUCGGCGACCACAACAUCGGCACGGCCGACGCCGGCGAGCAGCGCUACUCGGUCGUCCAGAUCAUCGAUCACCCGCAGUACACGGACGCCUCGGGCAGCGGCUGGGACUUCUCGCUGCUCAAGCUGGACCGCGAGAUCACCUACAGCAGCACCAUCUCGCCCGUGUGCCUGGCCGAGGCCGGCCAGACGUACGCCGGCGCCACGGCCAUCGCCAGCGGCUUCGGCCGUCUGGGCGCCACCAGCCCACAGGCCACCAGCCUGCAGCAGAUCACUCUGCCCGUCUGGUCGCAGUCCGACUGCAGGCAGCGCUGGGGCACCACCAUCAACACCAGCAUGAUCUGCGCCGGCGGCAAGUCGACCGGCGGCGAGGGCGUCUGCAUGGGCGACAGCGGCGGCCCGCUGGUCACCGAGGUCUCGGGCAGCUUCCGUCUGAUCGGCGUCGUCUCGUUCGGCCAGCCGUGCGCCAUUGCCAACAGCCCGGACGUGUUCGCUCGCGUGUCGGAGGCGCUCACCUGGAUCCAGUCCAACACGGCCGACGCACAGUACUGCAGCGCCUAGAUCACGAGUCAACCCGACCUGCAAUGAUGACUACAGACCGUGCUCGGCAAUUGUCCGUGUAUCGACAUACUGCCCGAUUAGAUCAUCGAACAUUUGCCGACUGUCAUGAAUUCGUUCAGAUUUUUAUGUGCUAUCCUCUGCAAAUUAUUUGCCUUCAAGAGUGUUUCUUUCACCUGCUACGGUUUGAAGGAGGUGAAAACGACACCGCCGAUGUCUGUUGAUGUUUGCAGUGAAGUAGCUUGCUGAAGCUUUGUACUGAGCAUAUGUAGCUACUGGCAAACCCCCUCUUCAUACGCUCUACUUCGCUGAUUUGUUCUUCAAUAAACUUUGACUUUU